AUGGGGAGGUCGUCGUGCUGCGACAGGCGGAGCGUGAAGCGGGGGGCAUGGUCGCGGGAGGAGGACGCCAUCCUCACCGGCUUCGUCAAGAGGUUCGCCAAUGCCGGCAACUGGAUGACGCUACCACACAAAGCAGGGCUUAACCGCUGCGGCAAGAGCUGCCGCCUACGGUGGCUCAACUACCUCCGCCCGGCGCUCCGGCACGGCCGCUUCACCGACGAGGAGGACAGCCUCAUUCUGUCCCUCUACGGCGACAUCGGAAGCAAGUGGUCCGUGAUCGCCGCCAAGCUCCCCGGCCGAACGGACAACGACGUCAAGAACCACUGGAACACCAAGCUCAAGAAGAGGCACCUGCUGGCCAUGGCGCCGUCACCAACUCCUCCUACCGCGGCCACGGACAGCUCUUCCGCCUCCGACGCCGAUGAAUCCCCCCUCCUCCCUCCUCCUCUCGACGAGCCCGCCCUCGCCACGGUUGACGACGGCGGAGAGCUCACCCACAGAUCGGAGGAGCUGUACGCCGAGCUCAUGGGGCUCAUCCAGCAGCAGCCCACGACCGGGGACGUGAGGUCGCCAUCGUCGUCGUCGUCGUUGUCAUCGACACCGACGGCUGGUGCAAGUUCUGCCGGCGUCAGCACCGCUACGUCGCCCGUGGAUGACAAAGAAUUCUUGCCGGAGUCUCGCGGGAGCAGCAUGGUCGUUGAACUUGACGAUCCUUGCGCUGCUCACGCAUUCGGGGCGACGUCUUUCCAAGACUUGCUGGCCUCGUCUUACGACGAGAUCAUCGGGAAGGAAGGGUUACUCUACUACUAG